AUGGCUCAGCAACGCGAUAUCGAGAACGGGAUCACGAUCAACGAGCAGACUCCUCUCAUUGAAGAGUCUUGUGCGGAAGAUGCCACCGAUGCUAAUGCCCAUGAGUCUCCAAAGCGGACACCCAGCUGGUACAUCUGGCGGAUCCUCUGGACAAUUGCGGCCGGUCUCGUUCUGGCUCUCUUCGUCAGCGCCUGGUUUGAGGUCGGCGGAGAUGUCGAGUUCGACCUUGGGCCGGCCCUGAAGAGAGCUCUUGGGGGAGGCUUGAGCGGCGCGGCCGCCAUGGUUCUGCAGGUACUGCUUCUGAUGCCACUCCGUACUAUUAUGAACUAUCAGUAUCGCUUCGGCUCUUCGUUCGCGGAGGCCAGUCGAACACUUUAUCAGGAUGGGGGAGUUCGGCGGUACUACCAAGGAAUUGCUCCGGCCUUGGUACAAGGUCCAAUCGCCAGGUUCGGGGACACUGCCGCCAAUGCUGGCAUCAUCGCCCUAUUUCAGUCCAAUCGGUAUCUAAAGCAUCUUCCGUCUUUAGCAAAGACCGUAUUUGCAUCCCUUUGUGCUGCGGCUUUCCGCAUGAUUCUUACGCCGGUCGAUACCCUCAAAACCACUUUACAAGCCCAGGGCGGUAAGGGUACUGCCUUGCUCCGGCAGCGUAUCAGGCAGCACGGCCUGGGCAGCUUAUGGUGGGGAGCCUUUGCCACAGCAGCAGCAACAUUUGUCGGCCACUAUCCAUGGUUUGCUACGUACAAUUACUUGAGCGAAGCUAUAGAGGAGCCGCCAAAGUCAGCCAUUGUUCUGUUCUUGGCUCGUCUAGCCUUUAUCGGCUUCGUCGCCUCACUUAUAGCCGACUCCUUAUCCAACUCCCUCCGAGUUGUUAAAACAUAUCGCCAAGUCAACGAAACUAAGAUUAGCUACUCUAGUGCGGCGCGAUCGGUCGUGGCUGAGCAGGGUAUUGUCGGACUUCUAAACCGAGGGCUGAAGACACGAAUACUCUGCAAUGGCCUCCAAGGCCUACUGUUCUCGAUCUUAUGGAGGCUUUUCCUCGAUAUCUGGGAAGAUAAGACGCGAACUUAGCGGGGGUGACCGAGGCUUCGACAAAUCGUGGCGACGGGAGAUGCACGACUAAAGGGAGUUCACCGCUUGACGUCAAGCACGGCGAAAUAACCACGCGUCACAGGCGCCAUACGUAUACCCCGUGUUUGAACGUAGUGAAAACUAAGGCGUUUGCUACGGGGCUGAGGCCGUCAAGUAUGGCUGGAUACCAGCCCUCGGCCUCGGCGAGUCGCUAUCGCGUCGCUGAGGUUGGAGCUGUCAGUAACGUACUUCACGGCAGUGCCUGGGGUGGAGGUGGCUUGCAGCUUUGGAGAUGGGGGCGAGGAGGCCAUCCUGGAGCUUUGCGGAACGACUUUGCAGACUCCUGAACUGGAGAGACCCGCAAAGACGAUGGAGUCUGCUUUGUGCGUCGUUUGUCACGACGAGAGUUGAGCCAGGCCUAUCAAAGACUUGUGGUGUUAGAGCAGUCGGCUUAUCUAGAUCGUUUUUGGCUAAAAUAACUUGAGUCGCCUUUCC